UCCAGGAAGUGUUUUGGUAACACAAAGCGGAAGUGAAUCAUUUAGUCAACCUGAAAGUGUUUUUCUGGUUAAAAAGCAGAAAACGCUGUUAACGACAAAACAAUUCAACAUACGCUUAAGGAAGUAGAUGCUGUCUUUUCGUUGUUGGGAACCUGGGCCAAUCCACUGUUGCUAGUGGUACAGGGGUCUGAUCACUGACGUUUCUUACCAGCAGUGCCUGUGUUUCCAAGACACGGUCCAACAUAUCUCUGACCUGUAGUUUCCCUUGAUCUCAGGCCAUCUCGCCCAUAACAGUCUCGGUCUCUCAAUGGCUGGACGUGGUGGUGGAGCAAGCAGGCCUAAUGGUGCCGCAGCAGCAAACAAAAUCUGUCAGUUUAAAUUGGUGCUGCUGGGGGAGUCGGCAGUGGGCAAGUCCAGCUUAGUGCUGCGCUUUGUCAAAGGCCAGUUUCAUGAAUUCCAGGAGAGCACCAUUGGAGCUGCAUUCCUCACUCAGACUGUCUGUCUGGACGACACCACUGUCAAGUUUGAGAUUUGGGACACAGCAGGUCAAGAACGCUACCACAGCCUGGCUCCAAUGUACUACAGAGGUGCUCAAGCAGCAAUCGUGGUCUAUGACAUCACUAACACAGACACUUUUGCACGUGCAAAAAACUGGGUGAAGGAGCUUCAAAGACAAGCCAGUCCCAACAUAGUGAUCGCUCUGGCUGGCAACAAGGCAGACAUUGCAAAUAAGAGAGCUGUGGAUCUUCAGGAGGCACAAACAUACGCUGAUGACAACAGUCUGCUCUUCAUGGAGACCUCAGCCAAGACUGCCAUGAAUGUCAAUGAAAUUUUCAUGGCUAUUGCCAAGAAACUUCCAAAGAGCGAUCCUAAAGCCGGAGCUGGACAAGGGGGUCAGACGAGGACGGGAGUGGAUCUACACGAGUCUAACCCUCAGGGCCGGAGCAGCCAGUGCUGCGGUAGUCAUUAGCUAGUAGAGAAAACUGUGAACUUAGUGAACGAGCCUUGAACAUCAUUUAAAAAAAACAACAAAAAAAACAGCACGUAGCUAAAAGCCCAGAGAGGCGGGAGAGGGCGGAGCCACUUGCUUCUCUUACACUUAAACUGAGAUUACAGAUGAGAUUAUCUGCAUCCUAAGCGAUUAAAUGAACUUUUAAAAAGAAUCAUAAGCUAGAGGGAGUUCCUGACAUCCCUCACUUCUCCUAUUCUGUCUUUCCCUUGUUUGUCUUCCUACUUCCCUGUUUAUCUUCAGCCUCUGUCUCAGUUGAUUGAAUACUGUUUGACUCUGUUUUGAAGUGUGAUACCAGGGUUGUUUGCCAUUGUUUGAGUGUGUAUGCUGUAAAUGUGUAUGUAUAUAAUAUAUACAGCAUAUAUAUUAAUAUAUGCACACAGACAAACACAUUUUCUACUCAUGUCAUUCCCCUCCAUAUUGAUCCCUAUGGAAAUCACAAAUACCUUAUUAUUGAUGAUGAAAUUGCAAGCAGCAGAGCCACAAAGCUUUUAAUAUCAUUACAAUUUAAUUCAAGAGUUUUUUGGCCCCAUUUGCACCUGGCAUGAAAUUGUGAUAACUUAUUGUGGUAUUUAAUGUUAAUACAAUGUAUUCUUAUUAUGUGCCCAUACUGCUUUCAUUUUCGGUUCUAGUUGCCCAACCUGUCAGUAAACAUGGUGCCUGAAAAGUUUUUUGUGGGAAGUGACCCGAAUGGAAGUUGUACAUUUCUAAAUUAGUUUUUGUGAAGGCAGACAGUGGCCUUUGCUCAAUAUUUGAAGCUUGCAGCAGGGCACAGGAAGGUGGCAAGUUACAUUUGAGGUCAUGCUGUACUGACUGCAAUUUUCAUGACGUCUGGGCGCCUCCAAUUACAGCCUGGCUAAUUCCAGUAUAGCAGUCCCAAAGUGUGCAUUUACACCAGCAUUUUUCCUUGCCUCUUCACAAGGAAUCCGGAUACUGAUCACAUUUUGAUGCCAGGUGGACAUGAGGUAUUUGUUAUUCCUGGAGAGGGACCCACAUGAGGCUAAUUUGAUAGUCCUCAUGUCUAAAUAUGUUUCUGAACUGCAACAAAUAGUUAUUCAUUGUAUAUUCAUAACUGUAACACCAGAGCUGUUAGCCCCUUUUUUUAAGUGUAAAAUAACUUGUAAAUCUAAAAAAAAGUAAUAAAUAACAUACAAGAGUC